AUGUCCACUUAUUGGGAAAACAUGACGCACGUGAUCGCUGACGAUAUACCCGGGAUCGAUGAGUUCGAAAGGAUGUUAACAAGGAAAGAGCCAUUGGGUAAAGCAAUGCCCGGUACGGCACUGGCACUCAAACUUUAUUGCCUUAACGAGACAUAUGUUGUUACUGAUAAAGGUGCCUGUCACUCAUUUUACAACCAGGCAGUCAAGUUGUACGAUGGUUAUAAAAUAGCCAAGGAGUUUAUACAUAACAACUACCAUAUCUAUUUAGCAUUUGCUCUGGAAGUCGAGAAAGAACUGAACAUUAAACCUGAUGAGAAAUGUGAUAUGUCGCAAGCUGAAUAUACGCACGAUUAUUUAACUUUGUGCAAGGCAAAUAUACACCAACACACGUGCAAACGGUAUGGUAGGGAUGCCUGGGAUGAGAUCAGGAAGUUGGCUAAAGUCAAAGAGCCCACCUUUUCCAUACACAAAAUUUAUCCUGAUAGUUAUGUGCCCAGACUUACGGCUCAGGCUAUGAAGGUCCUGGGUAUAACUGAAAGGGAAUACCUCUACAACAUUGGCGUUUCAUUUGUAUCACUAGUCGGUGUCUAUGGAUAUGACAAAAUACUAUCGGUGCUGGGUCGACAAUUUCGGGAUUUCCUCAACGGAUUGGACAAUCUUCACGAAUACCUGCGCUUCAGUUACCCUAAACUCAAGCCUCCGUCAUAUUUCGUGAACAACGAGACGGAACAGGGAAUGACACUUCACUACCGGUCCAAACGGCAGUAUUUCUUGUGGUAUACGAUCGGGCAGAUCGAGGAAGUUGGCCGUCAUUUCUAUCAGACAAACGUCACGACAGAGAUCGUGACCGAGAGAUACGACAACGAAGAGUACUACUAUAUACUGAACCUCCAGUUUGACAACAAGGCCUUCUGCGAGCUCCGGCAGCUGUCGGCCCAGCGGUCGCACACCGAGAGCCUGUCGGCGACCCCCAUGUCGUUGAUGCCAUUGAGGGCUAAAUCUCUGUUCCAGAUCUUCCCCUUCUGUUUGGUCUUUGACUCCGAUCUCACCAUCAAAGCGGUCGGCGGUUGCCUUCAAGUAGUAUUGCCCGAUAUAGUAGGAAACAUAUUGCCUACAGUAUUCACUUUAUUAAAGCCAAAGGUUGGCUAUAAUUGGCUCUCGAUCUCUGGCCAUUUGAAUACAACCUUUGAAUUGGCAUCCAUUCAGCCCUUAAGACGCGAUUCUUCUAAACAUAAUUUAGAUCUCAAAUGUGAUACAAAUGCGAGCGAAGAUAAUACCAUUGAUAGCAUUGAUUCCAUUGACUUUUAUCUAUAA